AUAUUUGUUUUCACCGGGCGAUUUUGAAUGUAACACUCCUAUGCGCUCUGGAGUGUGUUGAUUGCUGAUUAUUCUUUUGCAGGCGGACUAAAACAGACAUUAACACUAAUAAUGGAUGAUCAGGGAUGCCCGAGGUGCAAGACGACCAAAUACAGAAAUCCAUCUCUGAAGCUGAUGGUGAAUGUGUGCGGACACACGCUGUGUGAGAGCUGUGUGGAGAUGCUGUUUGUCCGUGGCUCAGGUAACUGUGUGCAGUGCAACACUCCUCUCAGAAAGAGUAAUUUCCGUGUGCAGCUCUUUGAAGAUCCAGCCAUCGAUAAAGAGGUGGAGAUCCGCAAGAAGGUUCUCAAAAUCUAUAAUAAGAGGGAAUUUGAUUUUCCCGCUCUGAAAGAAUAUAAUGACUACCUGGAGCAAGUGGAAGACAUUGUGUUUAACCUGACUAAUAACAUAGAUGUUGAAAGGACCAAGCAGAUUAUGGAACAGUACCAGCGAGAUAACAAAGACGUUAUACAGAGAAACAAAGCCAAACUAACACGUGAGCAGGAGGAGUUGGAAGAGCUGUUGUUACAGGAGCAGCAGGAUUCAGAGCAGAGGAGACUGGACACCCUGCAGGAGGAACAGAGACAACUACAGGCCAAGAGGAAAAACAAACAGGCCCUGCUGGAUGAGCUGGAAAGUUCCAAGUUACCUGCGGCUAUGCUGUUGGCCCAACAUAAAGAUCGAGCUUCUCAACUGGAGACCCAGAUAGAAAAACAAAAGCAAAAUGUCAAGCCAGCAAACAUCUUCUCUACUGGAAUAAUGAUGGGUCAGACUGUUUCUUUUGCUUCCGUGUCUCGUAUGGAGGAGGUGUUGUACGUCUAUCAGCCUCUGUGCAUUGACACAUACGGGCCGCCCGUUCCAGAACUGGAUCAAUUGGGCCGAUUAGGCUUCAGUCUUUUGAAGUGGAGAGCGGACGAGUCUCUGAGUAUUUGUGUGUGUGUGUGUGUGUGAGGUUGACAGAGAGACGGAUUGUUUUUUGCUAUUUGUCUUGGUGUGUUUUGACAGUGAGUUAGUGGAGAUUUAUGUUGGACUGGUUUGUGUUUUUGGAGGGUCAUGUAUGUAUUCACUUCCUCCUCACCCCCGGGGCGAACCCCGUCCUCUGUGUCCGUCCCUGUUCUGUACCUGUAUAAAUACAGAUUGGGUGGGGCAUUUUAUUAAAGACAGCUGUGUGCGUUUGCGUCUUGAAAGGAGGUGAUUGGGUUGAAGUUUUCUUUCCUCCACACGAUGUUUUCAAGUGCGGUCAGCUGCAUCUGUGUAAUGUGUUUUGUUUGAGUUUUUUGGGGAGAUAACUAUGCCUUAAAUAUGUCCUUCUAUUCUUACAAUGUUGCAUAUAAAUAUAAGUUUUGGCUGUACAAGUCUCCCUUCAUGGAUCAGUAAUCUUCCCAUCAAACCCUCUCAGGACACACACACACACACACACACACACACACACACACACACACACACACACACACACACACACAUGCAUAUUCAGUCAGUGUUGAGUGAUGUCUCUGGUGAGUUUUGAGAUGUGUCUGCAGAGAUUUGGAUAAGGUAAUUAGUUUAAGGGGGAUUUGUUAUUGGACAGGACACAGCUUGUAUGUGAGUCUGUGUUUAUUUGGGCUCAGUAAAAUGUUUUAAAAAGAAGUAUCUUAUGCUCACCAAGGUUGCAUUUAUUAGAUGAAAAAAGUAAAAAUGGUAAUAUUGUGAAAAAAAUUCACCUCAUAACUGUCACCGUCCCCUCUGUUGGACACCUACGUUUACUUCACUAUUUUACAAUUAAAUCCUAAUCUAAUCAUGAUAUCGUUGGAAAGGUCUAAGACUCCUAAAUAGGUAUUUUACCACUUUUUUGUUAACAAAUUAUGUAGGAAAAGUAAUAGAUUAAUUUAUGACAAGAGUGGACCUGAAAAAUCUACAUUACAACAGGAGUUCUGACCUUUGUCACAGAAAGUCUUCUUAGUUGCUUUUUUCUCUAUCACGUAUUAGAAAUCAUUAGAAAUUAUAUAUCAGUUGAAAACUUAAAAUCUCAAAAUUCAUCCUUUGAAACCCAUUUUAAAAUCAGACAUUGUAUUACCAUGGAAAUGGUACAUCAAAAUCAUGUUACAAAAUGUUUUCAUUCAUGUAUUAUAAAAAUUUAAGUUUGGAUAGGUAAGGAAUAUUUGACGACGGGCCGUUGGAUUAUUAGAAAAAUAAUGCACACCCGAGGUGGUGAUGCGGUCACGACGUGAAGCGAAAUAUAUAUAUAUAUAUAUAUAUAUAAUAACUUAUGUAAUUUAUUUAUCUGAUAGCAAAGCUGUAUUGUCAGCAGCCAUUACUCCAGUCUUCAUUGUCACAUGAUCCUUCAGAAAUUAUUCAAUUAGCUGAUUUGGUGCUCCAGAAACAUUUAUUAUUAUCAAUUUUGCAGUGAUGAAUAAUAAUUUUGCUAUGAUACCUUUUUAAAAUAUAAUUUGAUAAGUUGAAAGUUUAAAAGAACAGCAUUUAUUUCAAAUAGUAAGCUUUUGUAAUAUUAUAAAUGUCUAUAUUUACACUUUCGAUCAAUUUAAUGCAUCCUUGCUGAAUAAAAAUAUUAAUUUCUUUAAAAAAAAUCUUACAGACCCCAAAUGUUUGAACAGUGGUGUAGAUGUUCCAAAUGCAGUGAUUUUUAUUUUUUACUUCUAUUCCUUAUUAUUUAUUUUGUGUUGUGCUCAAUUAUGCAGCGAGUUCAAAAGUCUGAAACCUCUUGUGAAAAGGCUUCUAUUUUGCAUUAUUUUAAAAUUUAAUCCAUUGAUUGAUUGAUUUGAUUGAUUUUUAAUUAUAAAUGAAAAGUUUCCAUGAGUUCCUGAAUUUCUUAGUAUAAUUUUCUUGAGGUUGGAGCAGUUGCCAAGAACUUGUCUUUCAUUGCCAUGCCAAUGUUUAGACUACUUUUUCUACAGAAACACACUUUGGCAUACAGGAAGUCAUCUUGUGCUAGACAGGAAGUAAUCCAUCAGCAGGUCAGAAGAGGGCGCGUGUGUGAACAGGGUCAGUAGCUUUAUUGUGUUUUUCGACAUAAAUCUGGUUGAUUGUUGUUUAUUUAAGUAAUUAAGAACAAGAGGUAUUGUGAAUAUAACCAUGUCCAAGGCAAACAGUUAAAACCUAGUAAAACGGUUAAUAAUAAAUUUAAUAAUAAAUAUAUUAAAGCACACAAAAUUUCAUUAGACAAUUUCAUUAGGGUAGUUCAUUAAGCGUCAUAAUUCUAGAAGAUCUUCUUCCUGACAUAUUUACUUUAUUUUAGUACGCUUUAUACAGCUAAAAAAGGUUUCACAUCAUAAUUGUUAUCAUUUAGUGUUUUGCAGCACGGCUGGAUUUAACCAAUUCUAACCAAUCAGCAUUCAGGGCCAUAUCAUCUGAUUUAUAAUAUGCUUGUCAAGAAGGGUCAAUGACUGCAGACACGUCUUCCAUCCAUCCCUCCAUCUCUCCCUGUCUGUAAGGUUUUUUUUUUUUUUUUGGAAACUGCAUUUUGAGAUUUGAUAUUUGCAUAUGCAAACAAGCCUAAAACAAAGAUUCUGGCCUUGGCUUCAAGAGUAAAUUUGGCUUGCAAAUGGCCCCUGUUUCUGUGUGGAAGAGGUAGCAAGAGAGAGCUGAACUUUUAAAACAUGCCCCUAGGGUGCAUUGUGGAAAAAUGGACAGACAAACUAAACUUGUUCACCUUUUCUCUCUCUCUCAGUCCACAGAUUUGAGUGAAUUUUGCAUUUCACAGUGGUGUGGCUUUUCCUUUGAGCAAAGAAUCUUCACACAUGAUCUCCCAGAUGUGUAUGGGUGUGUGUUUUUUUUCGUUUGCCUCAUUCAGAUUUAGUUGUUGCCGUCUCUUUAAAACAUAAACCAUGCUACACGUCUUCAUGCAUUACAGACACACACUGCCUCUGUAAACAGCAAUAUACCUUCGGACCAGUAGGUUUUAAUGACCCAGGUCGUCUCUUGGCUCCUGCGUAGAUGAGUUUGCUCUCUGAACUCUGAUGAGGAUAUUUGCGUCAUGGAUGAGUUGUAGUUUGAUAUAUGUGUGUCUGACAUAGCAGUGCGGGCAACCAGAUCUGUUUGAGGAAUGUGUGUGUGACACUGACCCCGUUAAAAUGACAGAUUGUCCAGCAGCUGCUCGAGAGUUUUCUCUGCUUUUUCUGAGGGAAUAUUUCUGUGCUGAAUCCUGUGCUCGGAAAGUCUUUCUCAACUUCUAUUAGGCAUUAAAGGCUGGCAAGACAUGCAGAUCCCUCUGACGGAGAACACACACACACACACACACACACACCAUCAUCACCACAGUGUGUCAACACUGAUACAGCUGCAUGUUUUAACUAAAAACUGCUCAGUUCAUGUUAGAAUUUCAACCUCAUCCAGUUGACAACAUGAACAAUGUCAGCAACAUGUCCAUCUUGUGAAGUAUAUACAUCAAGAUAGCUGGAGCCAGAGUCAGGCAACCAGUAAUAUCCUCCGAAACAUUUGAUUCAUAGUCCAAACCCUCACAUUAGUCACUUUUCAAACUACCUUCCAAUUUUCUUUGAAUUCUUUUCUUCCUUUAGGACUUUUCUUCUUGUACUUCAGUUUGAGGCAGUUUCAUUCAUAUAAAAACAUGUAAAAUUAUUUUAACUUUUUUUUUAUAUAAUUACCAACAAUUUAAUAUUUUAUUUUGUGAGAAAUAUAGUCCCAUUUUUUGUUACAAAAGAUUUUUACUUCUACAACACUGUUUGCACUGUGCUCUUUUGUCACUGGAUCUUUUUAUUUUGGUGCGUCAAUCUGUUAAGUUACUUAGUAUAGGAGAUUAUGAUCCGCACUCACAAAAACAGUUUUCUUUUUACGUUUUAUUUUACAGGUGUCUUUUCCCAUCAGCGAUGAAUGUAAAAUAAAAUGUAAAAAAAAAAAAGAUUGUUACUUAAAAUAAAUUGGUAACACUUUACAAUAAGGUGUCAUUUGUUAACAUUAGUUAAUGUAUUAACUAACAUGAACAAACAAUGAACAAUACAUUUAUUACACUAUUUAUUAAUCUUUGUUAAUGUUAGUUAAUGAAAAUACAGUUGUUCAUUGUUUAUUCAUGUUAGUUCACAGUGCAUUAACUAAUGUUAAUAAACACAACUUGUGAUUUUAAUAAUGCAUUAGUAAAUGCUGAAAUUAACAUUAACUAAUAUUAAUAAAUGUUGUAGAUGUAUUGUUCAUUCUUAGUUCAUGUUUACUAAUGUUGUUAACUAAUGAACCUUAUUGUAAAGUGUUACCAAUAAAUUACUUAAUAUCAAUGACAAAAUGUAUUGUUUCAACAAAGAUAUUAAGCAACACAACUGUUUAUUACAUUGAUAAUAAUAAUAAAUGUUUCUUAUUUUGUGAAAUCACAAAAUCAACAUAUUAGAAUAUUUAAUUGAAGGAUUAUCUGACACUGAAGACUGGAGUAACGACUGCUGAAAAUUCAGCUUUGCCAUCACAUGAAUAAAUAACAUUUCAAAAUAUAUUAAAACAGAAACAGUUGUUUUAAAAUUAUUAUAAUAUUUAAAAUAUUUACUGUAUUUUUGGUCAAAUAAAUGCAGCCUUGGUGAGCAUAAGAAACUUCUUUCAAAAAUCUCAUUGACCCCAAACUCAUUUUUACACAACCACAAUCCAAAAUGAUAAGCCUUAGAAUUUCUGGAAAGUAAUUUACAAUAUACAAUAUAUGGAAAACAUACAGUUUAUAAUAUACAAUUUAUUUAUAUAAUUUGCAAUUAGUUUGACCACCGGUGAGGUGGACAUACACCAUUUUGUGAAGGUCAUGAACUUUUAUUUACUGACUUUUUUUUUUUUUUUUCCCGAAAAGAUAAAUCCAGUUUUUAGCUUUUAAAUACUAUUUUGUUCCACUUUCUUUCUUUCUUUCUGAAUCUGGAUUAAAAAGUGCUAACAGUGAUUCACUUGUGGAAUGAUGUGUGUGGUUUGUGGAUUAAUGAUGGAGAACUGAAGCAGCAUUCUGUGUGCAUUAGCUCAUGGUCCAGCGCUUCAGUAAUCUCUGUUUGUUUAGAAAGUGUGUGAAGCUGAGAGGAGCUUAAGUGUUUCUGAUGAUACCUGACCCCCUCUAUCACUCUCCUCCUCUUCCCUCUCUCUCUUUCCAUUUUCUCUCCCUCUCACUGUAGUAUCAGUUUACAUGUAAUUUUCAGUUCUCUCAUAAUGAAUGGCCGCUGUGGACUCCAGCUGCUGGAGAGUUUUGGGGGUGCUGGGUUAGUGUGAGAUCUCAGAGUGCCUCCCACAAGCAUUAGGUUUCUGAUGCUUGUCCUGAUGCUUUGUGGGUAACCAGUAGUUUUCAAUUUGGAGAAGAAUGUAUGAAUGAAGUGAGAUUUUUGAUGCAUUGUUACAUAUUAAUAUUAACAGCAAUUACAUUCUUAUAUAUUUAAAUGUGGAGUAGUGAUACAAAUGCAUUUUUAUAAUAUUCAUAAUAGUUUGAGGUCUGCACGAUUUUUGAAGGAAAUUAAUACAUUUUAUUCAGCAAAGAUGCAUUAAAUUGAUCGAAAAUGACAGUAAAGACAUUUAUAAUGUUACAAAAGAUGUUUCAAACAAAUGUUGGACAAAAAUGACAAAUCAUUGUUUUGCACAAAAAUAUUAAGCAGUACUGUCAUUUUCAGUUUUGAUAAUAAGCAUCAGCAUAUUACAAUGAUUUCUGAAGGAUCUUGUGACACUGAAGACUGAAGUAAUGGCUGCUGAAAAUUCAGCCAUCAUAGAACUAAAUGACAUUUUAAAAUACAUUAAAAUAGAAAACAGUAAUUUUAAAUUAUAUUAUUUCACAAUAUUACUUUUUUACUUUAUUUUUGAUCAAGUAAUUGCCUUGGUGAGCAUACACAUUUAAAAAAAAACCUUACAGACCUCAAACUUUUGCACAGUAGUAUAUGUUAUAUAACAUUAUAUUUAGAAACAGUAUAGGAACAGCUGACAUUUUUGCUUGAUGCAUUUUAUUUCUGUUUUAAAAUUAAACAAAUUUGUUCUUGUCAUUGUGAAAUCCAUGGACUCAUGCAUGUAAAACAACAGAGCUGCUCCCUCUAGAGGAUUAAUCCGAUUAUACUCAAAGCCAAAAUUGUGGGUUUGCAAACCACUGUUAAGCUAUUCACUGUUGCACCUAAUCGUCCUCUCUCAU